AAGCAAUUGAACAGAUGUACCUAAUAAACUGGCCGGUGAAUGUGUAAAGCACAUGCAUAUUUUUCAGGAUUUCAGUUGGUCAUCUGUGUUGCACUUUGUCUAUAUUGGUUUAUUUACUUUUCAGAAAAGAAUGUCAGGAUGCCCCUGAUUGUCGGAAGUACUGUCCAGAAGCCCCUUCCAGUAGCCCUCCUGUGAAGACGAGUACUCCGGUUCGAACAUCUAUCACGCCGAACACCACCACAUCAAAUCCUGUGUCUGAGCCAGUGACUCAGAGCCGUUAGUUACAAAUACUGUGUUCCAUAUUUCAACAAGUAUUAUCUUUUUAUUUUAUUUAUUUAUGUAUUCCAAGUGGAAAAAUGAAAUGUUGGUAUUGAUAGAUAAAUGUUUUUCUUGAUCUUCACGCAGAGACCCAUGAGCCUGAACUGAUCCCGCUGGCCGUGGGGAUGAUGGUUCUGCUGCUUCUGCUGGUGGUCCUUCUGUCCUUUUUCAGCCAUUGCUGUUGGCCUCACUGGACAACAGACAAUGAUGCUGGGAUUCCUGCUGAUGACCCCGAACUCAACGAAGAACACAGUCAUCGGUCCAACAGCCCACCCACACUGGCAUUUACUAUAUACCAAGACCAGCCCAACAUGGCCCUCCUUCAGUGUCUGCAAACACCAGACCAUCCAACCCACAUCACUCCUCUAGUGCCAAAAUACAAAGCUGCCAGACAAGAGGAGCACUCGGGGCCGCCGGAGCGCUGGCCUGCCAUCCUUCUCUACGCAAUUAUUAAAGAAGUGCCCUUGCGUAGGUGGAAGGAGUUCUUGCGGCUGCUCAAGUUGACGGACCAGCAGCUGGAUCAGGUGGACAUGGAGGUCGGCCUGGGCCUGGGUGAGAAGCAGUACCAGAUGCUCCGGCUGUGGAGCCAACGCCCCUCUGCCAGUCUGGACGAAGUCUACUCUGCUUUGCACCACAUGGAUUUAUCCGGCUGUGCCCAGCUGCUGCAGGAAGACCUGGAGAAGCUACAGUGGACCACUGAACAGAUGCAGGACUUCACAGGAUGCAGACAUUAUGCAGGGCGGGGUUUCAUAGGGACAAAGCAGGACAUCUGAGGACGACGGGGGCUUCUUAAUGUCCCAACAGUCAAUGCACAAAACCAGAAACUUGAAAAUGACCCUAUAUCCAUCUGUCCAGAAUGGAACUCAAACGUUUUCUGUCGUUAUUUGGUGCCAUCAUAGAUUUUGACUCAGAGCGAAUUUAUGCGCACUA